UGACAAUGAAUUCCAGGCUGAGUUUAAUCUUGGUGGCAUCCUUUGCUGCAUGUGCCUGGACCUGCUGCACCCCGGACCAGUGGGAAGGCGAGGAAGGAGCUCUUGCUGGAUAUGCUCGAGCCUUUCAGAGAGGAAUUCUAAAAGAAAAGGCGUUUGUUGCUUACGACUACACCAACCGUAGAACUGUAGCUUUCUUGAACUAUGUCAAUGGGGAUUAUGAAGGCAGAUUUCAGAUUGUGACCAGAUAUGAUAGUGAUGGCAAGAAAGGGCGGUUGUUCUUUGUGGAUCUGAAGAAGGAUGAAUGCCGGACAAGAGACUUGGACCGUGAAUUCCGCAAGGCUUGUAUUCCCAAGGAUGCCAAAGAAUAUGGACCAUUCUUUAUGGGCUUGGAAGGUGGUUUCAGAGUUCGUGGCUUUGAGGUCCACACAGGUCCCAUCACUACGUUUGUCAAUGUUGUUGACCUAGAGGAGGGUGUUUGUGUACCAGUCGGGGAAACUCUGACUGGCACGCUCAGGAAAGUGAGCUUCAUGCAGUCACUUGGAUUCAUAAACAUUCGUCCAGGCAUAAAAAAUGCAACAAUAUUCGAUGUCCCCAAACAAUGCUCCGAGGCACAGGAAACUGACCAGAUGUUUGCAGCUGUGGUGGAGAGGGACCAUUUUAUCUUGGCUGUGUAAAGGUGGCGCAUCCUAGCCCAGAACAUUCUGAGCUAUCCACAUCUGAGCCCUCAUCAUGAUUUCCAAAACUCUCUUGACAGAGUUUCGAGUGCUUCAUAUUAUGGACUACUAUAUGCGUAGUGAUGAUACUUGGUUGAAUUCUAAUAAAAGAAAAGGAGAAAAACAAGAUGAUGCUGUAAAGAAAUAUGAACAGCAGCAGCUUUGAAUAGAAUGAUUUAAGGCUUAUGAAUCUUUUACUGGCCCUUAAGAGUUUUAAUCUAUCAGUCUUGACUUUGUGCAUCUUUUUACAAAGCUUCCACUAACGAACAAAGGAUGUCAAAAUAUUUGUUGUUAAUGGCUUUCUCACUAUUCAAGCAAAUAUUUCAUAUUAUGAGAGCAUCAUGUGUUAUUGAUCAAGUUAAAGCAUUGUGCUUCGUUUUGUUUCUUUCUCCCCUUUGAAUUUUGCAAAAGUUUUGUUUGUAGUUAAGUUCUUAAGUUGUCUUUCCUUGUGUUCAAUAUUUGAUUGUCUAAAGUUCCAGUCUGUGAACUGUUCAAAUGUCUGGUCGUGUCAAAAUUCAAUUCUGUAGCUGUUUUAUGUGCCCUGUUUACACUUUGUACCUGAUGUUUUGUGUAGAGAACAUGGAUAGCUUUAGUUUUUUAUAUCAAGAAUAGUCUUUGAUCGUUCAUUCCACAUUCUGUUUGUCUUUGAACCGUCUGAGAAUCCAAACAUAAAAAACGAAGACUGAUCAUUAUAGUUUUGAAAAGUGUAUUUGGAAAUUCUUCUAUUUGAUUGUUUGAAUUUUGGUAACUGUUGAGCUUACACUGAUUGCUAAAUCCAUUGUUUUAAUGAGAAUAGUAAAACUUUUUGUUAGAGUUUAACUGUAUUAGCUUUAAGUAUGAUGCAAUCAAGAAGAAGGAAGAAGAGGAAGAUUCAUGUUUUUGUCUAGCUGGAGACUUUUCUUUAUUCCAAUAAUUUUUGUUUGUUUUACUUCAAGUAAGUCUCUAUUCGUCAAUAAGUCUUUUAACUAAAACUUAUACGUUGAAUAAUUCACGAAUAUUGUGCAAAUUUUGUUGGCCUUUUAAGAAAAUUUUAGAUUCCUGAAUUGUUGCUGUAAAUGAUGAUAUUGCUAGCUUAAUCAGAUAUAUAUACUGAGAAUGUAUUACUUUAUUCACCACUUUAUUCUAAAAACUUCUGUCCAAAGAAUGCUCAAUCUGGUGGGGGUAAACAUUAGAACUUAUUGUUGCGAAAUCUCUGGUUCCAAUUUACAAAAUACAUUUUUAGAAAUCAUUUUUACUUAAUGUUUGUCAAAAUUAUUUUAAACUUGUUAUUAUACACCUUUUGAUCUGACUGGUUUCUUGUUACAAUCAUUUUUUAAAAUCACUUUUAAAUGCAUUCAAAUAAAUACACUGUCUAUUUUUCAGUGAAUA